AGAAGUAGGUACUUUUCUAAGAGUGUAGCGUUUUCGCAGCAAACCAGUGAUGAUAAUCUUUUACUGAAAAAAAUUAUAAAUUGAUCGCUUCACAAAGUGAAAAACGCCUCAUAAACUUUGAUUUGUCAUAAUAAAGUGCCACAUCUUAAAUUAAUUCUGAGUGUAGCGAUAAAAUGCGUUCUGUUUCAUUGUCGAAACGGAUGGUGAGCGAUGGCGAGAAUACGGUGAUGGAUUUUUGGUGUUAAAAUUUACAUCGUGUCAUCAUAGCUUCAGUUUUGAAUACACUUACGAGAAACCACAGUUUUUUUGUUUCGUUACUUUGUGUGUUAUUACUAGUAAAACUUUGGAUAAUCUUUCGUGAUUUUUGUUGAGAAAUAAUAAUUGUCAUUGACUGACCGGCUGAUAUUACACGAGGCUUGUAUGUAUAUGACUUCUACCUUCUGCUAUUCGUGACACGCCUUAGAAACUAAAACCGAAACUGUGAACCGAAUUAUUUUUUUCUCUAUUUGUGUAAUAUUAAUGAAAUAGAACUAUUUAAAUUACGUAACUGUUGUGGAAUCUUGAAGUGUAUAAAGAAUGGCCUGAGUGUGACCACUCCAUUACCGUCAUGUGUGACGAAGGAAUGUUUGUUUAGGAUCUAAUACUGUGCUGCGACCUUACGGGAAGUGCGCGUUCAUCUCGUAUACUGGGCCAGAUCAUGACACAAUCGGAAACAACAAAUCUUUUGCAUUGAUCACCGUGUAGCUUUAGUCGUUUGGGACGCUUUCGUAUUGCCAAAAUGUCUUCGGGAACGUUUGUGGACAGGAUUGAUCCAUUUGCUAAAAGAUCACUGAAGAAAAAGACUAAGAAGUCUCAGGGUUCCUCUCGUUAUCGUAAUACGCAAGAUGUGGAGCUACAAGCAUUGCCAUUGUUAAAAGAUGUCCCAAGCAGUGAACAAGAGGAAUUGUUCAUCCGUAAACUCCGACAAUGUUGUGUGGCGUUUGAUUUCAUGGAUCCUGUUGCUGAUUUGAAAGGCAAAGAGAUCAAACGUGCUACACUGAAUGAACUUGUUGAGUACAUUCAUGGUGGCCGCGGUGUACUUACAGAGCCUGUUUAUCCAGAAAUUAUAAAAAUGAUAUCGGCAAAUCUGUUCCGUACCCUGCCUCCAAGUGAAAACCCUGAUUUUGAUCCUGAAGAGGAUGAUCCGACUCUGGAGGCGUCAUGGCCCCAUCUUCAACUAGUCUACGAAUUCUUCCUGCGCUUCCUUGAGUCAACUGAUUUCCAACCUACUAUAGGCAAGAAGGUUAUCGAUCAAAAAUUUGUUUUACAGCUUUUAGAUUUGUUCGACUCUGAAGAUCCGCGCGAGCGCGAUUUUCUGAAAACCGUGCUACAUCGCAUCUAUGGAAAAUUUUUGGGUCUGCGAGCAUUUAUACGGAAACAGAUCAAUAAUAUAUUUUUGAGAUUUGUCUAUGAAACUGAACACUUCAAUGGUGUUGGUGAACUGCUAGAAAUAUUGGGAAGUAUAAUAAACGGAUUCGCCUUACCGUUGAAGAGUGAGCACAAACAAUUUUUGGUGAAGGUGCUACUGCCUCUGCACAAGGUGAAGUGCUUGUCAUUAUACCACGCUCAGCUUGCCUACUGCGUGGUUCAGUUCCUCGAGAAGGACGCUACGCUCACGGAGCCCGUUGUGCGUGGACUACUCAAGUUUUGGCCGAAGACUUGUUCACAGAAAGAGGUAAUGUUUUUGGGCGAGAUUGAAGAAAUAUUGGAUGUAAUUGAGCCUGCACAAUUUGCUAAAAUCCAAGAACCACUGUUCCGGCAAAUUGCAAAAUGUGUUUCCAGCCCUCAUUUUCAGGUAGCUGAGAGGGCUUUGUAUUUCUGGAAUAACGAGUAUAUAAUGUCGUUGAUGGAAGAGAACAACCAUGUGAUCAUGCCUAUAAUGUUCCCAGCGUUGUACCGAAUCAGCAAGGAGCACUGGAACCAAACAAUCGUGGCCCUAGUCUACAAUGUGCUCAAAACAUUCAUGGAAAUGAAUUCCAAACUAUUUGACGAACUCACAGCUAGCUACAAAGCAGAAAGGCAGAAAGAAAAGAAGCGCGAGAAGGAGCGCGACGAGCUGUGGAAGCGGCUGGGCGAGCUGGAGAUCAGCCACAAGCGACAGCAACACGCGGCGCCGCUCGCCAAGUGAUAGCCUCGCCGACCGCGCCCCCACCCGCGCCUCCAUCCGCGUCUUACUAAAUGCGAUCCUUUUUACUUUCAGUUAUGUAUUGAUAUUUUCUAUUCGAUUACACUUUUGUUAACGACGUUAUUAAUUUUUUAUACCUCUGAUGAUUCGUACGUUCGAGUGUGCCGAUGUGUCGGUGCGUUCGGUUCAGUCGGGGCGCCUCGUGCUCGUGUGUCCGCGUCCUUAGUGUCCUCCGCAUCCUGCAUCCUCUGCAUCUUCCGCGUCCUCCGCUUCGUCCUCGUGCGAGGGCAGAACCGCCCCGUGCGUUUAUUUACGGAUUUCAAUGUUGUUAAAUCGUUUAAUAGGUUUAAACUUAAAUGUAUAAUUGAUGCAUGAUCACGGAUAAAAUGUAUUAAUCAUGCACAUGGCUUUGGCUGAAUAAUUGUACAAAAAUUGUUAAGAAAUUUGAAAAUUGUAUCGUCUAGUGUGCUGUGUUCGGAGUCUCGGCGACGAGCCCGGAGCUCGAGCCGAUGCCCUGUAGAUCGUCGUAUCAAAUUUCUGUUCAAAAUUAGAUGCUCGACGUACCAUCAUUUUGUAUAGUUAGUUACAUAGUGUAAAUAGGCAUUUAUUUAUUAUAAAUUUAUAGCAGUGUGAUUUUUAUACAUAGUUGCGGGAAUAGGACACCGUGAUCGGACAGAGUCGUCGAAUCGAGCUUGAGACCAUCCGUGUGUCACGCACGCGGCUCGGUUAUACUGAAGCGUUUAUUUGAUCAUAUUGGAGUAGAAAGAUGCUAAAAGUAGAUAUAAUAAUUUUUAAGGGAAUAGUCAUUAAUUUGUAUGAUAUUACUGUAGUAAUUUUUUUUUCUAUCAUCACUUGUAGAGCGACGCGGGCCUUACGGCGCCCGCGCCUCUGUAUAUACCGAUACGCGCCGCGAACUAGCACCACUGCGUGUGUAUGUAUGUACACUAUGGAAAUGUUUGUUAUGUAAAAUGUAUUAACAUUGCAAAAAUUAUAUAUGAUCUUAUAUAUAAAUUACUAUUAUAGAACACAGUAUGAAAAUAAAAAAGUUGACUCACAGAAUUUAAUUCUUUACGUAUACUUUUUGUAAAGUUAGAAGCCCUGCAGCGGCCGUGUAGCGUAUGCUAAAUUUGCUCGUCCUAUCUGUUUGAUGCUGUCCCCCGGUGUUGACUUUUACCCUAGAGAUAACUCAGUUGCGCAAAUUACGUGAAAAAUACACAAAAAAUUUACAUUG